CAGUAAGGGGGGCUCUAAAGGGCAAUAAGCUCUGAGGGGAGUGGUAACUCCAAACCCAACUUUAUUCCUUCUGACCCAAACACCAUCAGGGCAAUUUACCUCUUUUUGCUUCUUUAUUCCUUCUUUAAUUUCGAGGUCGUCUUCUGUUUCUCCCACCCAAGUUUCUCAAUUCAUCUCUCCUAAUACCCCAGAAUUCGUCCAGAUCUGAAUAGACCCAACUGAGCAAAACUCUUUAUCCUCGAUGACGAUUGGCUCUGGAGGAUCGAGUGUGGUUGUUCCCCGAAACUUCAGAUUGCUGGAGGAACUUGAACGUGGGGAAAAGGGUAUUGGAGAUGGUACCGUCAGCUAUGGAAUGGACGAUGGAGAUGAUAUUUACAUGCGCUCUUGGACUGGUACUAUAAUUGGUCCUCACAAUUCCGUGCAUGAGGGUCGCAUUUACCAGUUGAAGCUGUUCUGUGACAAAGAUUAUCCAGAGAGGCCUCCCAGUGUUCGCUUCCAUUCAAGGGUCAACAUGACUUGCGUGAACCAUGAGACUGGAAUGGUAGAAGCGAAGAAGUUUGGAAUGCUGGCGAAUUGGCAGCGGGAAUACACAAUGGAAGACAUACUGACUCAGCUGAAAAAGGAGAUGGCGGCACCCCACAACCGGAAACUGGUUCAGCCCCCUGAGGGUACCUUCUUCUAGUUGAAGAUGAAUAGUUAGAAUGCAUCAGAUAUAUAUAUACCAAUAUAUAGUUUGUAAUGCUAUAUCGGUCCUGUGAAGUCAAAGGACCCAGGAUACCUUGAAACUUUUCAUUAUUUCCUCCCUGUGCUCUCCCUGUUUCUCUUGUCUUCCUUUGUCAAACUGUGCUUCAGGGAUACUCUUUGAUGGAUAGCAUUGCAUGUGUGUCAUAUUGAGAAAUGCUCUUUAAUUGAGAAUAUGGAACUGGUGUGCUGUGUUUUAUCU